UUGAAAGCGUCGCUUGCUGAGCGCGGAGGUGCCGAAAUAUCAAACGGAAUCGUGACUAACUAAGGCACUGAGCGCGAGUAUUAUUUUUUGUUUGAAUGGCUGUGACGACAAGUACAGCAAGGUUUAUGUGUGUGUGUGGGUGAAAGAACAAACGGCAGCGUCGGCGGCAACAGCGACGCGUCAAGAAAUAGUGAAGCGCAAAGGCUAAGAAAAAGAAGUGAAGAAGAAUAACAAAAGCCACAACAGAGCGUCGUCGAGUUAGUGCAAAAAUUCAACGUGGUUGUUGUUAUUGUUGUUACUGUUGGCGUCUCUCGCGCAACUGGAGCCGGAAUUACAUAUAGUAUUUGUGUUCGUGUUAGUUCGUUUUGUAAAUUCCUAACACAAGCAGCAGCAACAUAAGUGUGUAAGUCGAAAUGCAUAUUUAUCAGAGACUUGAGGCGUGAUAAGGGCGAGUACACAAACCAGCGCUCAUAGACGCUUUAAAAAUAAUAAUAAAUCUCAAAAGUAAAGGAAACAAAAGAUAGGUUUAAGCAAAAGUGUGCAAAAAUGACAAUCACAUAUACAGGUGAAGUGGCAACUUGUCGCGGCUUUGGCUGUUUUCUCAAAUUACUGUUCAGAUGGCGUGGCAGCAUAUACAAAUUGGUCUGGCUAGAUCUAACAGCCUUUCUAACAUUAUACUAUGUGCUCAAUUCGGUUUACCGCUUUGCACUAAAUCCAGAUCAAAAGACAACAUUUGCGUCCAUUGUGGCUUAUUGCAACAGUUAUCGUGAUCUCAUACCGCUGUCCUUUGUGCUGGGCUUCUAUGUUAGCAUAGUAAUGACGCGCUGGUGGAAUCAAUACACCUCCAUACCCUGGCCCGACUCCAUAGCUGUAUUCAUUAGCUCUAAUGUCCAUGGACAAGAUGAACGCGGACGCGUGAUGCGGCGCACGAUAAUGCGCUAUGUGUGUCUUUGCUUGACUAUGGUACUGUCAAAUGUAUCGCCCAGAGUAAAAAAGCGUUUUCCCGGCCUUAGCAAUCUGGUGGAGGCCGGUUUGCUCAAUGAGAACGAGCGCACUAUUAUUGAAGCCAUGAACAAAUCGUUUCCCAGGCCCUCGAAGCAUUGGCUGCCCAUUGUCUGGGCGUCCAGCAUUAUAACACGUGCUAGAAAAGAGGGUCGCAUUAGGGAUGACUUUGCUGUGAAGACGAUCAUUGAUGAGCUAAACAAGUUUCGUGGCCAGUGUGGACUGCUCAUCAGCUAUGAUACGAUAAGUGUACCCCUGGUCUAUACCCAGGUGGUGACACUGGCCGUCUACUCAUACUUUCUCACCUGUUGCAUUGGCCAGCAGUGGGUUGAAGGCAAAGAAGUCGGCUCGGGCUUUGUGAACAAAGUGGAUUUAUAUUUUCCAAUAUUUAGUACGUUGCAGUUUUUCUUUUACAUGGGUUGGCUCAAAGUGGCCGAGACGCUUAUCAAUCCAUUUGGCGAGGACGAUGAUGAUUUUGAGGUUAACUGGAUGGUGGAUCGUAAUUUACAAGUUUCCUAUCUUAUUGUGGAUGAAAUGCAUCACGAUCAUCCAGAGCUGCUUAAGGAUCAAUACUGGGAUGAGGUGUUUCCCAAUGAGCUACCCUAUACCAUUGCCGCCGAACGCUUUCGCGAGAAUCAUCCAGAGCCCUCAACGGCCAAAAUUGAGGUGCCCAAAAACGCGGCCAUGCCAUCGACAAUGUCUGCCGUGCGCAUUGAUGAAAUGGUUGGUAGUAAUGUCAACAAUAAUGCGCCUGGCUCCAAGUCGGCAGCAGCUAACGCCGCUGAUCAGACACAGACUGUUACUUAUGACCUAUCCAAGGCAGCGCCAGAUGAGGAGGCUGAUGAUGCCAGUGGCAUACACUUCUCGGCUGGUAAUGGGAAAACGCGUUUGGGUUCGUCACCCAGUUUGGUCAGCGUUACGGGCACUUUAUCGCGUGUGAAUACUGUAGCCUCGGCCCUGAAGCGUUUUCUCAGUCGCGAUGACAGUCGACCGGGCUCUGCUACGCCCACCUCAGCCGAUGAUAAGUAUCGUUUUCCCACAAGCGCCAGUUCGGCUAGUCUGGCGGGCGGCGUUGGCACCGCUGGCAUAGUGGGCCUUAAGCCAGCUGGCAGCAUGCGCAUUACCCAAGAGGUUAUCGAGGAGGUGGACGAACAGGCUACAAUCACUUCAACGCGCCCCAGCGAGCCGCGUCCCAAUGUAAUGGAUAUUUUUGGAACAGGUGCACCGCUGCAGCCACCACCACCAACAAAUGCAGCAGCAUCUACACCACGUUCCCAGCCCAUGGACAUACCACGUCGCUCGCCUCAGUAUGAGCGCGCUCAGUCUCAGUAUGAAUCGGGACCACAGCUAUUUCCGCCUGGCGGCGUGGAAGCGCUGCUCAGCACUUCAGCACCAGCGGGUGACAGCUCAUCGCUGUUGUCAGGUGCCACAGCGCCCAGCUCACCUGUCAACGAGAGCAGCAAGUCCUUGUUUGAGCAGCAGCCGAAUGCCAUGAGUGGCGAGACGGCGAUUGAGAGACCCGAUGCACCGCAGAUAUUCAGGUGGUUCGUUACGCCCGUCGAAAACCUGGACAUUAGAAACUCCAGCGAUGUGCUGACGCAAGCUGCAACAGUUGUUGCUGCUGCCGCAGCUGCCACUGCGGCAGAGCCAGCCCCCGAUGUGGGCGAUGACUUUGAGAAACUGAAGGCAGCACGUGAAAAGGAGAAACUGGUGCGUCAACAAAUCAACUUGGCGCGCACCAUCAGCACCGCGCCAGGUGUAGAUGCAACGGGGGUGGUGGUGCCCAUGCCAGUGGCGAUGGCUGCAGUCGCAGCAAUGCCCACAGGCAGCGCUUUGCCCACCGCGGGCUCCAGCGCCAAUUUGCUGGACCAAAUAGCCGCAGCAGCAGUUAAAUCCGAAGAUGCCACCACGGGCAGUUAAGUUCUGCAGCGACUUAGUAUUUUUGUUCAUACGCAUAAGAUUUAGACGCACAGAUUUACAAAAUGUUCAAUUAUAAGUUGUUAGCGUAUUAGUUUGAUUAAUGUGAGACGCAGACAGAUAGGCCAGGCUUUUGAAUGCUCAAAACA